UUUCCAAUCUUCUCUGGUUGGCCCCGAGCUCUCAUUUCCAAUCUGAAGAGUAAACCUGCCUUCACUUGUGCAACCUACCAUACACCGUUAAUUCUUUUUCAUCCCAUCUAAUUUCACCGGAAUGGGAUAUGUUAGUUGAAAAGAAUCUAACUGCAGUCCAGUCGCCAGAAAUUUUACUGGUGACUGCUUGAUUUUUCUGUUACUGUCAAAGCCUCAAAGGGCAUCUGUUGCUUGGAUAAAGUUCCAUUGCAAUUUACAAGCACUUGGAGGCAAUAGCAACGAAGGACAAAAAAAAAGUCAGUCAGAACAAUCAGGUGAAGGCGAAAGGAGCCCCAAAGAUCAAACAACUUGUGCAUGGACUACCUGCUGAGUGAAAAAACUGACCUUUCAACUUGAAUAAGUAUUAUGUAUCAGAUGGAACAGGUACUGUUGUUCUUAAUACAUUUGUCAUUAACCUUAGAGUCACAGGCUCUUGAUGUGGAGGCGUGGAGGGCUGCCUCUGCUUGGUCCUGCUCCACGCACGGGUCAUCGUCGAUGAGACCAUGGGACAUCACUGUGAAUAAGGGAAUUGGAGUAAUGUACUGUGUUGUAUUGCUAGAAUGGAGUAUGUGGAGUUAUAAGACUUUUAGACGGCUGAAAGCCUCAUAGAGAAAAGAUCGAGACUAGAAGCAGGGGAGAAUAAAGAACGCAUGGAAGUAUAGAACCACUUGUUACAGGGCAAGUGGAGUAGCAUUAAUGGUGAUGGGUCUGGUCCAAGGGUCAAAGACGAUGAAAUACCUCGUGCAUUGGACCGACCUUUUGCAGACUUGAACUGGCAAUAUCUUUCUUUGUUUCUUUCUCACUUGUUCUUAGCACAUCCUUGAUCUUCUUAAAGUUUUAAGCCCGUGACAUCUCAUGCUAUUACUCCGAAGCUGCUUUUUUAUUUCUCUGUAACACCAGCUGAGUUAUCUUCUCGAGGAGAGAGUUUCCUAAUGGACACUUUUCUUUCUGUAGUCCUGGGUGAACUAGCCUCUAGAUCCAUAAAUUUCUUCAUCAGCAAAAGCUGCAAGCCCAAGGUGCUGGGUGUGGAGGACAGCCUGCAAAGGGCUCUCCUUCGGGCACAAGUCAUCAUCGACGAGGCCACAGGACGGCACAUCACGAACCAAGCUAUGCUCCUGCAGGUGGACAUGCUAAGAGAUGCCAUGUACCAAGGCUGUUACAUGCUUGACGCCUUCAGAUACCUAUAUCAUGACGAGGAGAAUACCAAAGAUCAGGUUGUGAGUAAUUCUUUCUCUCUGUCAAAAGUAAAUUCUCUUAAAGGAAUUUAUUCUUCCAACAGAAAGACACGGAUUUUGGAAGAACUGCAAGACACCCUUGACAAUUUGAAUUGUAUGAUCCUUGAUAUGAAAGAGCUGGUUGUGUUCAUGACGAGCUACCCUCGCCUCUACCGCCAGCCAUAUAGCAUGCAUCUACUGCUGAGCAACUGCAUGUUCGGCCGCCAGAUGGAAGCAGAGCUUGUCCUCAAUUUCCUAUUGCACACACAACCUAACGGUGGUGAAGAAUUGGAGGUCCUGCCACUUGUCGGUCCAGGAAAAGUUGGCAAGAGCACCCUUGUUGCACAUGUUUGCAAUGAUGAAAGAGUCCGUGAUCGUUUUUCUGAAAUCAUGUUUGUGACUGACCAUGAUUUGAGAGAUGAAAAGUUAUCCUAUCUUGGCGAAAAAUGUCUGAAGAAAUAUCAAAAUUCCAUGCUGCACAAAUAUGGGAGACUGCUAAUUGUCGUUGAGGUGGCUGGAGACAUCAAUCAAAGUGAGUGGAAGAGGUUGUAUGCUGCUUCUAAGCGGUGUCUGACAAGUGGUGGCAAAAUCAUAAUAACAAGCCGGUCCAACAAGAUCACAAAGCUUGGAACGACGAGGGCAGUAACACUGAAAUAUCUAUCUGACGAAGCAUACUGGUACUUCUUCAAGACACUUACAUUUGGAAGCACAGAUCCCGUGAUGCACCCGAGGAUGGUUUAUCUGGCCAUGGAGAUAGCCAGGACGUUGAAAGGACCUCUCAUUAGUGCAACAACCUUUGCAUGUUUUCUUAGGGACAACUUUGACAUCCAGUUCUGGUGCAAGCUUUUGGUCUUUCUGAGAGGUUUCAUCAAGUGGCACGUCUCCACAUUUGGUGAGCAUCCAUCUGAUGCUCUGAACCAAAAUAGACCUGCGCAUCUUGUAAGAAUGUUUAGAACUUCUGAAGAGAUCGUGGUUCAUCAUCAGUAUGAGUGCUCUUCUCAAGAGGAGAUUCCGAGGAUAGAGUUGCGAGGUGUGAUGUAUGGGAGUGUCAAGCCUCCUGCUGGGAGGUUUGAUGCCCUAGUAUGUAGGUCCCCAAUACCGCCAUACUACAACUAUAUCUAUACUUGUGAGGUUCAAGAUCGGAAAACCACAUCUGCUAAGAGGAAGCGUUCUUAAUUAAUUGUGACAUUUUGAAGCUUCUUUAAGAGUGCCAGUGUGUGUGGGCGCGCACGCGCGCGUGCGCUUAUAACUUACAUAUGGCAAGGUCGUUGUAACAUAUAGGAUGCACUUGAAAUUUUCGCUGUAACCAAUAAAGUAGUUCAUCA